AAAUCCACCAAGUGGGAAAAGCAGAACCCAUCCGAUCCGAAAAGGUGAGAACGCCAUCUAUGGCGAUGGGUUUCAAUUCAGCUUUGUGGACUACAAGAGAGAAAAUAUAAAGUAUGCCUUCAAUCGAAGACUGUUGAAUCAAAUCGCGGUCUCCUCUACCUUCCUCUUGUACUUAGUUAGGGUUUCCUCAUCCUUGUUACCCUCAGAAUCGAAGCUCUUUAGUUGCGCAAGGAUGGAUGAAAUUGCUAAGAUGGAGAGCCACCUUUCAUCUGCGGCAGCUUUUGUGGAAGGGGGCGUGCAAGAUGUUUGCGAUGAUGCAUGCAGCAUAUGUCUUGAAGCUUUCAGUGAUAGCGACCCGUCAACAGUGACGAAUUGCAAGCAUGAAUUCCAUCUCCAAUGCAUUUUAGAGUGGUGCCAAAGGAGCUCUCAGUGCCCUAUGUGUUGGCGGCCUAUCAGCUUGAAGGAUUCUGCUAGCCAAGAACUUCUUGAAGCUGUAGAGAAAGAAAGGGAAAUUAGGGUUAGGGUUAAUCAAACUCGAAGCACAGCUAUUUUUCACCACCCUGCACUUGGAGACUUUGAAUUGCAGCAUUUACCAGUUGGUGCAACUGAGAGUGAACUUGAAGAACGUAUAAUUCAACACUUGGCGGCGGCUGCAGCCAUGGGUAGAGCCCAUCAUAUUGCCAGAAGAGAAGGGCAGCGAGUUAGGUCAGCAGCUCAUGGACGCCCCCAGUUUGUUGUUUUCUCUACAAAUUCAAAUCCACCUUCUAUUACUUCUGUUACUGCUUCUCCUCCAAGAGUGGAGGAUGGAUCAGCUGCUGCUGUGGCUUUGGAUGCUCGAUCAACUUUGGUGACUCCUAAUGGAGAGGAAGUUUCAACCCUUACUUCAUCCCAAGCAGAGCUGGUUACUGAUAUCUCAUCUGGUUCUAAUAUUGGUAAUGCCAAUAGAUCUCCUCUUUUGAACAACCGUUUCUUCACUGGCCAAUCAACUCCAGUUAUCCAAGAUAGGGCAGGACCAUCAGAUUUCCAAUCUUUUUCCGAAUCUCUGAAAUCUCGUCUAAAUUCUGUCUCAAUGAGAUAUAAGGAUUCUAUUACGAAAAGUACUCGAGGAUGGAAGGAGAGAUUAUUUUCUCGUAACUCUUCAAUCCCGGAUAUUCGUUCUGAAGUUAGGAGGGAAGUUAGUGCUGGCAUUGCGAGUGUUUCACGCCUGAUGGAGCGUCUAGACACAAGAGAAAGUGGAAGGAAUGUUAAUGCAUCCAAUGUGCAAACUGCUGUUGUUCAUGCUGAUUCAGAACAAAGUAGUGAGAGGGUUGUUGGGGAUCAUAACAGUGUUCUUCCUACUGCUAACACUGCGUCUACUUUCUAUGCAGCCACUUCUGGCUCCAAUUAGGCUGCUAUAAAUUUCCUUAGAUCUGCCUCUGCUUUUUUAAGGUGUUGCGUUGCAUCCUGGAGACAUGAGACAGCCGGAUAAGUGAUAUUUAUUCAUAGCUGCUCUACUUCAUAUCCCGAAUACUGUUCUCUUAUCCUUGGAGUAAAUGUUAUAUUCGAGAAAAUGGCGAGAAGAGUUUCGCGGCAGUCUUCGGAAUGAAUUGCCUACGUUCCCCUUUUCUCGUUAGGCCAACCCCGCUUGAUUUUGUUAAUAUGUUAUAUGUUUUUAUACUCCCAAAGAGCUAAAUGCUCCCAUUUGCUCAUGCAGAUACAUCUAUUGGUUUCUGAUUUCCAAAUAUAUCAUUAUAUAGCUUUUUGUGUUUUAAA